GUAAAGUGUGUUGAAGUGAGUGCAACUAUGAUUAUAUUCAGUGAUUUGGUGUCUUGUAGUGAAUGUUAAUCACGCGUCUCUCAGGUCGGUCGGUGCGUUUGCCGUCUGUGGGACUGAGAUCCUCUCUGCUCGCUCGUCCCGGGGUCAUGGUUGAAGAGGGGCAGCAGAGUUUGGAGGCGCGGGGGAGCCCCGUACCGGUGGACGAGCAGGUCCCGUUCCCGCUGCUGCAGGGCGAGUGUGUGGAGCGUGUCGGGAGAGCAGAGGAGUCUGUCAUUGCCUUAACCAGCUACCGCCUUCACAUCAAGCUGCAGGAGAACCUCAUCAAUGUUCCUCUGCAGCUGAUUGAAAGUGUGGAGUGUCGGGAUCUGACGCAGCUGCAUCUCACCUGUAAGGACUGUAAGCUCAUCAGGUGUAACUUCCUGUCGGCGGAGCAGUGUCAGGAUUGGCUGCGGAGGGUCAGCGCAGUCGUUCGACCGCCGGCGCGGCUGGAGGAGCUCUUCGCCUUCGCCUUCCUCUCGUGUAGCGCCAGCGUCUCCGCCGAGGACAGAGAGGUGCAUGAUGGGAUCUGCCGUGCAGGAGGACACCAGCGGAGGUUCAAGCGAGAGUUGGAGAGGAUGGGCUUCGACAGCCACAGUGCCUGGAGAAUCUCCAACAUCAACAGCAACUACAGGCUUUGUGCCAGUUACCCAGAGCAAAUAAUGGUGCCUGCUGCGGUCAGCGACCAGGAGCUGGAGAACGUGGCAGCGUUUAGAUCGUGGAAGAGGAUCCCGGUUGUUGUUUACAGACACCAGAGUUCGGGCGCUGUGAUUGGUCGAUGCGGGCAGCCAGAGGUCAGCUGGUGGGGUUGGCGUAAUGCUGACGAUGAGCAUUUAGUACAAGCCAUCGCUAAAGCCUGCGUCACGGAUCCGGCCGCAAACACAGCGCAGGCUAACGGCUCCUGCCUUCACCAUCACAGCAGCGGUGCGCUCAGUGACUCUGAUCCUCACACGGCCAAUGGGAGCGCAGAGGCGGAGCCAAAGACCACACCCCCUCAGAAGCUGUUAAUAAUGGACGCACGCUCGUACGCUGCUGCAGUAGCCAAUCGGGCGAAAGGAGGCGGCUGUGAGUGUCCAGAGUAUUACCCCAACUGUGAGGUGAUGUUCAUGGGAAUGGCCAACAUCCACUCCAUCCGGAAGAGCUUCCAGUGUUUGCGGACGCUCUGCGCUCAAGUCCCCGAUCCGGUCAAUUUCGUGGACCAGCUGCUGGGGGUGCGUGUAUAUGUUUUAGGGGUCGACCGAUAUGUGUUUUUCAGGGCCGAUGACGAUACGAUUAUUACAGACCUAGCCAACACCAAAGGUUUUCAGGUGCUGGUAGAGGCCGAGUGGUUGGAUUACGGUCAUAAGUUCGCCGACCGCUGCGGUCACGGCGAGAACGCGUGCGAUCUGAACGAGCGCUGUCCCGUGUUCCUGCAGUGGCUCGACUGCGUUCACCAGCUCCAGAGACAGUUCCCAUGCUCCUUCGAGUUCAACGAGGCCUUUCUGGUGAAGUUAGUGCAGCACACGUACUCGUGUCUGUUUGGGACGUUCCUGUGUAACAGCGUGAAGGAGCGCGAGGAGCAGCGCGUUCAGGAGAAGACGUGCUCUGUUUGGUCUCUGCUGCGGCCCGCCAACACUUCCUUCCACAACAUCCUAUACUCGCUGCGAUCCUAUAAGGUUUUGCACCCGGUGUGUCACGUGAGGAAUCUGAUGCUAUGGAGUGCCGUCUACCUGCCAAACUCCGCCCCCUCCACGCCUUCAGACGAGUCAUGUGUGCCACACUCCGCCCCCUCAGCCUCGCCCGAGGACACACCUGUGAGCAGGUUACCAAAGACGCGGUCGUACAACGACCUGCCCACAUCCUGUGAAGGUUUGACCCCGAACCGCCGCAGCAGCGACCCAAACCUGAAUGAGAAGUGGCAUGACCGCCUUCUCGCCCUGGAGAUCAGCGUGACGACAGAAGCCUGCGGAAACCACACGCAGACGUCAGAACACGGCGGCCUGAAUCAGAGACUUGGCUUAAACACAGACGAUUCUAAAGCAUCAAACACAGAUCGUCCAGGAAACGGGGCGGAACCUUCUGUGAAUGACGGCCAAUUGCUAAACACCUCACAGGAAGUGAGAGAAGACGACGACAGGAUGCUGGAUCUUCUAAAUAACACGCCUGCCUUCAGUAUCUCAGCGGAAUCAGCUCUGAAUGCCAGUAACAGUGAGGACCAAACGUUUGAGCUUGAAGAAAAACACCUGCCUGCAUCCCAGCAUCCUUUGCCCACCAAUGAAAACAGUGAAUUAACGCCAAACGCCGACAAUGACGCACCUUAUAAAAUCACCCAUGAUCCUUCAGAAUCUAGCAGCCAGUCCUCCAUGGAAAGUUCUUCCAGUCCAAACCACACAACUCAGACUCUUAACGGCGUCUGCUCACCUUCACAGCAUCCCGUUCGUCCUCUUUUUCCGUCGGCCAAUCAGGACGCAGCGGGAGACGCUUCUCUGACGUCGCCUCACAAGCGUUCGCUGGGAGUUUCCGGGCGAUUAGGGCACCUGGAUAAGGACGGCUUGAGUCUGCACAGCGAUGCCGUACAGGUGCGUCUGCGGCAGAUGGAGGCGGGGCAUCAGCUGCAGGGGGAGACGCUGAAGAAACAGGUGCAGGAGCUCUGGAGCCGGCUGCAUGUCAACGGGAAGCUGACGUCUCUGCCGGACGGAGAGAAUAACGUGGAGUCGAGCUGUUUGCAGCGCUGUGGGAACACCGAUCUCCUGUCCGAGUCCAGCUGGGAACAGAUCGAACAACAGGACGCAGAGUGGUUCUCGGAUCACGCGGCGUCCCGCUGCUACGGGUGCGAGAGGACGUUCUGGCUGGCGGCGAGGAAGCAUCACUGCAGGAACUGUGGGAAUGUUUUCUGCACUAGCUGCUGCGACCAGAAGGUGGCGGUGUCGAGUCAGCAGCUCCGCGAGCCGAAGCACGUGUGUCAGGCGUGUUACGCUCACCUGCGGCCCUCCGCCGUCCCUCCGGCGCUCCCCCCCGCCGAGCUGGAGCUGGAGAAACCCAUCACCGCCAGCUCCAACUGAACAAACCCGCUCGACGGAAACGAGCGCUCCGUCAGAAUGACUGGCUUCUGUGCAACACUAAACCAGAUGUUUAGCAUCUGGGCUCGGAUUCAAAUUUCUUACAAUUCUAAGAAGUUCAAAAGUGCAAUUCCUGAAAAAAUGCAACUAUUUUCUUAAGAACCUCUUAUUUUUUUCUUAAGGGGAGACACUGCAGGCAAAAGCACUGUUUU